AUGCGUGGUCUAAUACGACCUCUUGCUAUAUUUAGGAAGGCCUUACAAUCCAACAGAAGUGUUCAGUUAAAACAUCCAUUUACCACAGCUUUAGUUUGGAGAGCCAUGGAAGAUAAGGAAGCUCUAAAAAAGCGGCUUACACCACUGCAGUAUCAUGUUACUCAAGAGUCUGGUACUGAAAGGCCAUUUACUGGUUGUUACAACAAAUUUUAUGAUGAAGGAAUGUAUGUCUGCGUAGUUUGUAGACAAGAACUGUUCAGUUCCAAAACAAAAUAUGACUCUGGUUGUGGUUGGCCUGCAUUCAAUGACGUACUUGCUAAGGAAAAAGUAACAUUACAUCAGGAUACUAGUGCAGGUAUGGUGCGAACUGAGGUGCGUUGCUCCAAGUGCUCCGCUCACCUGGGACACGUGUUCAAUGAUGGGCCGGCGCCCACCAAGAAACGUUUUUGUAUUAAUUCCGCGUCAUUGGACUUCAUACCUGCUGAAGAGAGGAAAGAC